AUGUCAACCCCAAACACUACUCCGGCUAACGUUAACGGCGAUGCCUCAUCUUCCAGAACCAUACGAGCUACCGUCGUCCAAGCCUCCACCAUCUAUAACGAUACUCCCAAAACUCUAGAAAAGGCGGAGAGGCUAAUUGCGGAGGCGGCGAGCAAGGAGAAAGCGCAGCUUGUGGUUUUCCCGGAGGCGUUCAUCGGCGGCUACCCUCGUGGGUUUAGGUUUGGGUUAGCGCUUGGUAUUCAUAACGACGUAGGCGGUGAUGAGUUCCGCAACUACCAUGCUUCUGCCAUUAAUGUUCCUGGUCCUGAAGUAACAAAACUGGCAGAGAUAGCGAUGAGAAACAACGUGUACUUGGUGAUGGGGGCCAUAGAGAGGGAUGGGUACACACUCUAUUGCACAGCCCUAUUUUUCAGUCCUCAAGGUGAGUUCUUGGGUAAGCACCGUAAACUCAUGCCGACAGCUAUGGAACGUUGCAUUUGGGGAUUCGGGGAUGGAUCAACCAUCCCUGUUUACGACACUCCAAUCGGCAAACUCGGUGCUGCUAUCUGCUGGGAAAAUAGGAUGCCACUCCUCAGAACAGCCUUGUACGCCAAAGGAAUUGAGAUUUAUUGUGCACCAACUGCUGAUUGUUCAGAGGAAUGGCAAUCGUCGAUGACUCACAUCGCAAUGGAAGGUGGAUGUUUCGUGUUGUCGGCUUGCCAGUAUAACGUGCGUUCAGAUUUCCCCGAACAUCCUGAUUACUUGUAUUCCGACAGAGACGUCUUCAAAGGACCCCUUCUCUCCCCAGGCGGUAGUGUCAUCAUUUCACCUGAGGGAAAGGUUCUUGCCGGACCAAACUUUGAAUCAGAGGGUCUCAUCACAGCUGAUCUUGACCUUAGUGAUAUUGCAAGAGCUAAGUUAUACUUCGAUGUGGUCGGACAUUACUCGAAGCCAGAUGUUUUCAACUUGAUCGUGAAUGAGCAAGCGAAGAAACCGGUUACAUUCGUGUGCAAGUCGGUGAAAGCGGACGAUGACUCUGAGGCUCACGCAAAUAAUCCAGAUUCCAAAGCCCUCAACAUAUCCUCCCCAUAA